CUUGGACUUUGAAAUGGAAAAAUCUGGAUUGGCCGUUGGCGCGGCCCUGCCGGAGGGAUACCUGCUGGCUGGGAUUGGAGAAGUUUCCCGGUGCCUGGCACGCUGUCCGUUUGGGAUGUGAUCCAGAGCGGGACUGCGUGGGAGGGCUCGGAGCUGAGACGGUUGGGAGCUGUGGGUGCCAGACCCCCGGAGCCAGGGGCACCCAUCCCACCCCCCUUGCCUGUGUGGUGAGGGCGGCAGGAGGGACGUUUGUGUCCCCAGCUCUUCACCGUGUCCCCGGGGCUGCUGCCAGCCUUGGGGUCAGGAUCUGAGCGUUGGGUCACCCCUUCUGCUGUCUCAGCUUGCUCCAGGGGACAACUGGAUUUGCUGGGAUUCCCUUCCAGUGCAUCUCCGCUUUGGGGGACCUCCUGCUUGCUGGGUGGGCCAUGCAAGCCACCGACUUUCCCUGUGGUGUCAAACAAGCUUCGCUUCACCUGCCUCAGUUUCCUUUGCUGUGAACAAGAAGGGUAUUUUCUUAGUCUUUUUGGCACUGGCUUUUUCUCUUCACCAAGCGGGGCAGGAGGAAGCAGCUCAUCGUGGUGCUCUGGUGAAGCUCCAGUUGCUGUGGUAUCCAGGGAGCCCUCCUCCUUCUGCGGGAGAUGCACGCUGGUCGUUGCUAAGGUCGCCUCCGCGGUAACAUGCACAUCCUGUUUACACCUUUAUCCGGAGAAGUUGGGCUCGGAUAGAGGCACCUGCUUCACCCGGGCAGCCCCCAGGGAAGGGGCCGUGCCGAGCAUCCCCCCACCGGACCCUCGAGGGAGGACGUUGCAGGAGCCACGAGCUGGCAUCGCCGCUGCGGCGCCGGCAAGAUGACGAACAACGUGGCCGACCACCACCCCGGGAACUCGGUUGCUGAAGGCAACCAUGAGGGGGACUUUGGUUGCUCCAUGGUGGAGCUCAGGAACCUCAUGGAGCUGAGGAGCGGCGAGGCGGUCGCUCGGCUCAACGACUCCUACGGCGGCGUGCAGAACGUCUGCAAGAGGUUGAAGACGUCGCCAGUUGAAGGCCUGUCCGGGAACCCGACUGACCUGGAAAAGAGGCGGCAGGUCUUCGGCCAGAACUUCAUUCCUCCCAAAAAGGCCAAGACGUUCCUGCAGUUAGUGUGGGAGGCACUCCAGGACGUCACACUGAUCAUCUUGGAAAUCGCAGCCAUAAUCUCCCUGGGCCUGUCCUUCUAUCACCCUCCGGGAGGUGACAAUGAAUUGUGUGGCCAGUCGACGGGCGGUGUGGAGGAUGAGGGGGAGUCACAGGCCGGCUGGAUCGAGGGGGCAGCUAUCUUGUUUUCGGUGAUCAUCGUGGUGCUGGUGACAGCCUUCAAUGACUGGAGCAAGGAGAAGCAAUUCCGGGGUCUCCAGAGCCGCAUCGAGCAGGAGCAGAAGUUCACGGUCAUCCGCAAAGGGCAGGUGAUUCAGAUCCCGGUGGCCGAGAUUGUGGUGGGAGACAUCGCCCAGAUCAAGUAUGGUGAUCUCUUGCCAGCAGAUGGGAUCUUGAUCCAGGGCAAUGACCUGAAAAUAGAUGAGAGCUCUCUGACCGGGGAGUCAGACCAAGUCAAGAAAUCGCUGGAUAAAGACCCCAUGCUGCUGUCAGGUACCCACGUGAUGGAGGGCUCUGGUAGGAUGGUGGUGACUGCUGUGGGUAUCAACUCCCAGACAGGAAUCAUCUUCACUCUCUUGGGUGCUGGAGAAGGAGAUGAGGAAAAGAAGGUGAAGAAAGGUAAAAAAUCCGGAGCCCCCGAAAAUCGCAACAAAGCUAAAACUCAGGAUGGUGUGGCCUUAGAGAUCCAGCCCCUGAAGAGCCAGGAAGGGGUGGAAAAUGAGGAAAAGGAGAAGAAGAAGGUGAAGGUGCCCAAGAAGGAGAAGUCUGUGCUGCAAGGGAAGCUCACACGCCUGGCAGUCCAGAUUGGGAAGGCUGGACUGAUCAUGUCAGCCAUCACAGUCAUCAUCUUGGUGCUGUACUUUGUGAUCGACACAUUCGGGGUGCAGGGACGGCCCUGGCUGGCAGAGUGCACCCCCAUUUACAUCCAGUACUUCGUCAAGUUCUUCAUCAUUGGUGUCACCGUGUUGGUGGUGGCUGUGCCUGAAGGGCUCCCCCUGGCAGUCACCAUCUCCCUGGCUUACUCUGUGAAGAAAAUGAUGAAGGACAACAACCUGGUGAGACACUUGGAUGCGUGUGAGACCAUGGGCAAUGCCACCGCCAUCUGCUCGGACAAGACGGGCACGCUCACCAUGAACCGUAUGACUGUGGUGCAGGCCUACGUGGGGGACACCCACUACCGCCAGAUCCCCGACCCUGAAGCCAUCCUGCCCAAGAUCCUGGACCUCAUAGUCAACGGUGUCGCCAUCAACUCUGCCUACACCUCCAAGAUCCUGCCCCCCGAGAAGGAAGGGGGGCUACCCCGGCAAGUGGGGAACAAGACCGAGUGCGCCUUGCUGGGUUUUGUGCUGGACCUGAAGCAGGAUUACCAGGCUGUGAGGAACGAGGUGCCGGAGGAGAAGCUCUACAAGGUCUACACCUUCAACUCGGUGCGCAAAUCCAUGAGCACGGUGCUGAAGAACGGCAGCGGCGGCUUCCGCAUGUACAGCAAGGGAGCCUCCGAGAUCAUCCUGCGCAAGUGCACCAGGAUCCUGGACAAGAACGGAGACCCCCGGCUGUUCAAGGUGAAGGACCGGGAUGAGAUGGUGAAGAAGGUGAUAGAGCCCAUGGCCUGCCAUGGACUAAGGACCAUCUGCCUGGCCUUCCGUGACUUCCCUGCUGAUCCUGAGCCAGACUGGGACAGCGAGAACGAGAUCCUGUCUGACCUGACCUGCAUUGCUGUGGUUGGGAUAGAGGACCCUGUGCGGCCAGAGGUGCCAGAUGCCAUCCUAAAGUGCCAGCGUGCAGGCAUCACUGUCCGCAUGGUGACAGGGGACAACAUCAACACCGCCCGUGCCAUUGCCACCAAGUGUGGCAUCCUGCUGCCUGGGGAGGACUUCUUGUGCCUGGAGGGGAAGGAGUUCAACCGGCUCAUCCGCAACGAGAAGGGAGAGGUGGAACAGGAGCAACUGGAUAAGAUCUGGCCCAAGCUGCGAGUGCUGGCCCGCUCCUCCCCGACAGAUAAGCACACACUUGUGAAAGGCAUUAUUGACAGCACUGUUGGUGACCAGAGGCAGGUGGUGGCCGUGACUGGAGACGGGACCAACGAUGGCCCAGCUUUGAAGAAAGCAGACGUUGGGUUUGCCAUGGGCAUCGCUGGCACGGACGUGGCCAAGGAGGCUUCGGACAUUAUCCUGACGGACGAUAACUUCACCAGCAUCGUCAAGGCAGUGAUGUGGGGCCGGAACGUCUACGACAGCAUCUCCAAGUUCUUGCAGUUCCAGCUGACUGUCAACGUCGUGGCCGUCAUCGUGGCCUUCACGGGCGCCUGCAUCACGCAGGACUCUCCCCUCAAGGCUGUCCAGAUGCUGUGGGUGAACCUGAUCAUGGACACCUUUGCCUCCUUGGCCUUGGCCACGGAGCCCCCAUCCGAGUCCCUGCUGCUGCGGAAGCCGUACGGCCGCAACAAGCCUCUCAUCUCUCGCACCAUGAUGAAGAACAUCCUGGGCCAUGCAGUGUACCAGCUCACUAUCAUCUUCACCCUGCUUUUUGCGGGGGAGAAGUUUUUUGACAUCGACAGUGGCCGGAACGCCCCCCUCCACUCCCCACCCACCGAGCACUACACCAUCGUCUUCAACACCUUUGUCAUGAUGCAGUUGUUCAACGAGAUCAACGCCCGCAAGAUUCAUGGCGAGAGGAACGUCUUCGAGUCCAUCUACCGCAACCCCAUCUUCUGCACCGUGGUGCUGGGGACGUUUGCAGCUCAGAUCAUCAUUGUGGAGUUUGGUGGGAAGCCAUUCAGCUGCUCUGGACUCACCCUGAGCCAGUGGUUCUGGUGUAUUUUCAUUGGAGUGGGCGAGCUCCUCUGGGGCCAGCUGAUCUGCACUGUCCCAACCAGCCAGCUGAAGUUCCUGAAGGAAGCUGGGCAUGGCAUCAGCAAGGAGGAGAUCCCAGAGGAGGAGCUCCCUGAAGACGUGGACGAGAUUGACCACGCUGAAAUGGAGCUGCGGCGCGGGCAGAUCCUGUGGUUCAGGGGUCUCAACAGGAUACAGACACAGAUCAAAGUGGUGAAUGCGUUCCGUAGCUCCUUGUACGAAGGCCUCGAGAAACCCGAAUCCAGAAGCUCCAUCCAUAACUUCAUGACUCACCCAGAGUUCAUCCUGGAGGAAGAUGAGCCUCAAACACCAUUCCCUGAUGGCGCUGAAGACGACCCUGAGACUGACGGACUCAAGAAGCGAGGUGGGGGCAGCCUGGGUGGAUCCUCAUCCCUCAACAGGAAUAACAAUGCAGUGGACAGCGAGCAAGCUGAGCUCACCAUCCCAGAGCCUCAGAGCCCCUUACACAGCUUGGAGACAUCGGUUUGACCUUCAACUUUGAACCCCCUUUCUCCUCCUCCUCCUCCUCCUCUUCCACCACCACCUUCGUCCCUCGCCCUGUGUGAUAUUGGCACCAGUAACUGGUCACACACACUGCGGUCACUUCGUGUCAAACUGCUCAUCCCUAUAUCAUUUUGGUGGUUUGGUUUUGGGGUUUGUUUCUUUUUUUUGAGGGUUGUUUUGGUUUUGUUUUUUCUUUCCUUGGUUUUUGUUUGUUUUGUUUUGUUUUUUAAAGUGUUUUUAUUUUCUACCGUGAUUUAGCAGUGGGAACCAGAGUACCACGAUGAGGGGUGUUGGGUAGAGUGGCUCAAGCCAAAAUCAUCCAUCUCCAUCCCUGAUUUUCAGUGGUACUCACCCAAGUGAAGCAGCCAGGUUAUUCCCUCUCCAAGAGUUGGGCUCCAUGUGUCUGUUGGGGGUUUUCACUUUGAAAAAUGCAUGUUCAGAGAAAAGUUCAAGUUGUUGCAGUCCUACAUGCACACGCUCAGCCUGAGGGCUGGGGUGCACUUGUGACCUUUUUGUUUUCUUCCCACUGGUGGUUUUUAGGGUUUUCUUCUCAUUUUGGGGGGGGGGGGUUUGUUCUUUGCUUGUGGGAUUUGCCCCCAGUGUCUUCACAGUGGGAAGUGGGGGGUGGGAGGGGGGGUGGGCUGGCACUUGAGUGCAACAAUUGAGAAAACAAAACAAAAACCCAGCCAGGGGGAAGGUGUUUACUCACAGAUUGAUAGAUACAGGGACGUACACCAGUCUUCCACCUUGAAAAAUGGUACCUAGCCUUUUACAGCUCCUCCUCUGUGUGUGCACACAUGCUUCUCUCUCUGUUUCCAAAGCAGUAAUUGGUAGACAAAGAAUGAAGGUGACUUGGCUGGGACCUUGCUGGAUGUAAAAGGUUCUGAUUUUUCUACAGAGCAAGGUGGGGGUGAACUGGCAGUGGAAGGAUGGUGAAGAAAACCCCCAUGGUUGUGAGAAACUGGGCCCCUUCCUGGGGAGCCUUUAAGAGAUGGAUGUCUUCUGCUCUUGAACAGCUGUGAAACUUUUGGAGAGGACAUUGCAAAGGUUUAAUGGUUCCUGCCAUCAGGAGCAGAGGGACUUUUGCCCGUUCUGGCUUGUUAAAUAAUCCUUCAGCCCUGGAGGAAGCCCAGAGGAUACUCCAGCAGUGCUCACCAGCUCUGCACACCACUGCCAGAGUGCUAGCAGGCUGGAUGGAGAACAAGCAUUGGGUUAUUGGCAGUACAGUAGAUCAACUCCUAGAUCAUGGAAGGGAUGAAUCAUGUUGUCUCUUUAGCUGGUGGAAGGAGAGGCUCCAUGGCCCUUGAUUUCUGUGGCACUUCUGUGGCUGGUUUGCCAGUGGAGGCACUUCCUCACAGAGGUGGCAGCUUGGUUGGUUGGUUGGCUGCAGGUCUUCCAGAGAACGUGCUGCAUGGAGGCUUUGCCUCACGUGCUGCUUUUUUUGAAGGUCAUCUCUUCACCCUGCAUGUCCUGCCUCACCUCCUGUAGCCAUCUGGCGAGAAUCCUGUUUUUUUGGAGCAGAGGCCCCAGGUGUCCUGGGUGAGUCACCUCUAAACUGACCCUCUUGUGAAGCCAUGGGACAGAGCAGGAGGCAGGAGUUUGCUUUGCUUGGGCUUAGUUUCUUCCCCGUGGGCUCUUCCUGGUGCACCCCUGGCUCCUGACCCCAGGCAGGCAGGGCUGGAGGAAGCUCUGCUGCCUUCUCCUCUUCGUCUCGUUUAGUUGAAAGCAGAGAGAACCUGGUUGUAACUGGCUGUACAACUGUCAUCUUGGCCCAGCCUCCACCCCUGGAAGGGGAGAGGUUGCAGUGAGAGGGUGGGCUGGCUGGUUUCUUCUCCUCUUUCCUUUAAGAACGCACAGAAUCUCUGGUGCCUUCUCCAAGCACUGCCUGCAGCACCGCCUGCCGCCCCAGGGCUUUUGGGUUGGGUUGGGUUUUGGUUUUUUUUGCCAAGAAUUAAGUGUUCCUUAAACUAAACACCACAAACCCAAGUGUCUUUGUUUCGUUUCCAGCCCAGCAUCGCCUCAUCCCUUCCUUGGGGUGGGGGCACCCCAGGUAGCUGAGGAAAGGUCCUUCUCCCAGGUCUCCUGCCUCGGUGCUGGCAGGGGGUGGCAGCUGGGCUUUGUACACUGCCAACAGCCAGAAGAAAUUGCCACCACUGCCCGUCUCAAUUGCAAAUUCGGCGUCAAGCCCCUUUGCUCGUGCAGACAAGACCCAUCCCUGCCCUCCCCCUUCUUCCCACAAGCUUGAAGGGCAAGAAAAAAUACUUGGGAGCAGGAGCAGGGAGGGGGUUUCUUGGGUUAUACACAAGCGGUGACAGGCAAGACAAACAGGAUGGGUUGGGUUCUGUUCCUAGGGGUGACAUUGCUUAAAAGAUCACUUUUUUUUCUAUGUUAAAUACUUGCAAAAAAAAAAAAAAAGCCAAAAAAAAGAGAAAAAAGAAAAAAAAAAACAGAUGAAAGGAUGUGUUCUUACAAGCUCACAGGAAUAUUUAUUAAAUACUUUUUUUUUGGGGGGGGGAACGCACAGUGAUUUAUUUUUCUUUUGAUAUUUUUUUAAUACCUCAGACCUGUUUUAAAAACAAACAAACAAAAGACUUAAACCAAUGAAAACUUCACACACACACACAAAAUAAAAGCCAAUUUUGGGGGGCUCUCUAAGUCACUCCCAGAAAUCUGUGACUGGCAGGUCGCCACAAGGGUCAGGUCAUCCUUUAGUUGUUGUAUUUUUGUUGUUCUAGUUUCCAUCUUUGGAGGGGGAGAGAUAAUUCUAUAUAAAUAUUAUGCAAAAAGAAAAGAAAUCUAGUUUUCUUUAGACCAGAAACUGAUAUUUUUACGUCAGCCAUAUGUAUUUUGUUUAAAGAAAAAAAAAAUAAAUAAACCAGAAUGGAAGAAAUCACGAGUCUGCCACGGCGCGUGACAAGAGGUGACAGUUAAUGAGUUAAUUAGUGUAUCAGUGAUCAGAUGCCAGUCAGCUUCCUUUUCUCUGAGCAGCCAUCUUUAUACUAGACAUUAGUUGGAUGACACAAAUGUGUUUUGUUUUUUUAUAUAUAUAUAUAUAUAUAUAAAUGAUGUCGGUAUGGCUGGUUGCUUAAAGUAUAAGCGUUUCUUGUGCAUACAUCUUUCCUGUAAAGUAUUUUAUGAUCAUUUUGAUUUCUUAUUUAGUUUCAGUGAUUUACUGGCAGCAGGUGAUGACUGGGUUAAGUUAUUGAGGACAUUAUCAAAAGUGUUUUGGGGGGGGAUUGGUGCUCUGUGCUGAAAGGCAUGGUCGGCAGCACGAACUUCUGGGGACUCUGCAACACGCCUUGAAAGAGGGGGAGAUGUUUUCUUUUUAUUUCUUCUUAUUUUUUUUUUUGCUCAAACUGCCAUGAAUGUGCACGGGGGGGGGGGCGGGGAGGGGGACAGUGCCAUGCCAGACAGGAAGAGAAGUCAUGCCCUGUGCUAACGUGUUAACUUGCCUUGGAAUGCUUUGUUAUUAAAACACUCUGAACGUCGUUUUUUUGCAGCCGGUUCUUGAUGCCAGCAGGGUCCCCGGUGGUGGUUUCCUGUGAAAUAAAUGGGAUUGGUACCAAAGACGUGACCCCCCCCCCCCCCAGUCCUGUGUGCAUUGCUGAGCAGGCAUUUUUUAGGCAUCUUGCAUGAUGUGAUAAGGUUUCCUUUGAUUUGCACAGGGGUUAUACUGCGUUUUCAAAGGUUUUGUGCAAUAAGCUUUGAGGAAAAUUUCAAAACGAUCUCGAGAAGGAAAGAAAAAAAAAAAAACCCAACAGCUGAGUCCCAUUUUAGCAUGGGCAGCCCUUGGCCUUCCCCAGCCAGGAGCAGACGUCCUCUAGUGCUCAGCCCCUCCAGAAAUGCUUCUAGGGGUGACACGACGUUGAGGUGAACGGAAAAGCCCCAUCCCAGCACCAGGGAGGGCACCUCCGUGAUGCCAUCACCAACUCCUCUUGCCCUCCACGACUGCAGGGCCCAAGGACCUCAAAGAAGAAGAGCCCCUGCAGGUUUUUGUACCUCCUGGGGGAAGGACACAUCUAUCUGCCAUCACUCCUCAACUGCUGGGGUCAAGCUCCUACAAGUUCCUCAACCCGUGGAGCAGGUACCCCAUAAAACACCCUCCUGCAACCCCAGCUCUUCCAGGGGGGCAGGGUGAGGUGGAGGUUCUGCUCUCCUGGGGCUGUGGGGCAAGGCCAGCGUGUCUCGUGGCACCUGGCUCCUCUUCUCCAGCAUCUCUCUGCCAAGGCUGUCCCCUGCCCCCAAGACUGGCUGAUCUCUGGCUGUCCUGCCUCUGAUACCCUCCUGCUCAACCAAACAAACCAAAACAAUUUUCAUUCAGCAAAGCCCAUGGCUAAAACUGCCUUUAGUUUAUUUCCUCCCCUUAAAUAAAUAUAUAUAUAUAUACAGUAUUAAACCAACAUUUGUGUGUGUAUAUAUAUUUAUCCAAUGCUCUCACGACAAGACUUUCUUUUCAAGAGGGCACGCAGAUCUUGAGUUCUUCUUUUUCCAGUAACUACGUAUAAUAAGCACUGGUAUUUUUGUAUAAAAACAGAAAAAAUACAAAACAAAAGACUGAAUAUUAUGUGGUAUGCAUGACAUUUAAAAAAAAAAACAAAAACCAACAAAACCCAAACAAAAAAAAAAAUAAUGGUGGUUUCAAAGCAAUAUGUACCCUGGUGUGUUUGCCAUAUCCUAGAGUCCAGCUUAAAGUGCACCUGAUCUGUAUUGCAUUUUGAUAUUAAUCUCUAUGUACAAUGUUUUGCAUGUAAUUUAUAUGGUUCUUGGGAGAAAAAAAAGAAAAAAUUGAA